GGUUUGAAGAUACUAAGGAGUUUUCCCCCCUUUUCUUUCCCCUCUCCACCCCCUCCUAUCGGCCAUCGCCCCCUGCCCGCCCCUUCAUCCACUACCCCGUCAGUUUGUUAAAUUAAUGCAGUAAGAAAGUCUGAAGAUCUGGAGGAGUCCUGGCCAAAGGAAGAUGGGCGAGCCCAGAGAACCGCGAUGCAUCUGAAACCCUGGGCUCCUGAGCCCCUCGGGGUAGCCAUGGACCCUAGCAGCCCCUGAAACUUGCCCUGGGCUCUCUCCCGCCUGCAAUCCUAAGCAAUGGGACACCUUUCCUUCAGCGAUCAUAACUUAUUCGGCGGGGACCAGAGAACAGGGAUUGCACAGCGACAGCAGACCGGAACGGAGACAGGGAAGCAAGAUUCUGGGACUCCGUCGCGAUGCGCCAGCCUGGCACACUCUGCGAGAUUUAACUGAAGGCUGCGCCGUCCACCGCUUUCCCCUUGCCCCUGACCCCCUCAGGCCAGUCCAGAGCCAUCAAGCCUUGCUGCGUCUACCCAAGAUGCUCGCCCAAUCUAAAGGUCCGCGGCCAGCCCUCUGAUCUCCACAGAAGAAUUUUGCCCUUUCACGGAGCUGGCCGUUUAAACAGAAAAACAGGGGUAAAAAAAAAAAAGAAAAAGAAAAUAUACCCACCCCCAAACGUGCCUCCCCAGCGCCGCAGGGAGCCAACAGACACGCUGGAGUUUAACAAACAGCAAUACUCUUCGCGCUCCUGAAAAGCGGGGCUGGACGCUCUCCGUGGUGCUGAAACGCUACGCGGCCGCCGCUGUCCGUGGUACCUACAGCCUCCUCGCUCCAAUUUCCCCUGAGGCUCUCUCUCCGCACCCCUAUUCCUCACCUCCCCUUAACAUCUGGAUUAUUUUUCCAAUAGCUCUCGCUGGUUUUGUAAGUGCCAAUUUGAAACAUUUUUUUGCCCCCGUAACUCGUGGACUACAAAGCACAAGGAACUGAAAAAUGUACAGCUUCAAUACUCUUCGACUCUACCUUUGGGAGACCAUUGUAUUCUUCAGCCUUGCUGCUUCUAAGGAGGCUGAAGCUGCCCGCUCUGCGCCCAAGCCGAUGUCACCCUCGGAUUUCCUGGAUAAGCUGAUGGGCAGAACUUCUGGAUAUGAUGCCAGGAUCAGGCCCAAUUUUAAAGGUCCUCCCGUGAACGUGAGCUGCAACAUUUUCAUCAACAGCUUCGGAUCCAUUGCUGAGACGACCAUGGACUAUAGGGUCAACAUCUUUCUGCGGCAACAGUGGAACGACCCCCGUCUGGCCUAUAAUGAAUACCCCGAUGACUCUCUGGACCUGGACCCAUCCAUGCUGGAUUCCAUCUGGAAACCUGACCUGUUCUUUGCCAACGAGAAGGGGGCCCACUUCCAUGAGAUCACCACAGACAACAAACUGCUGAGAAUCUCCCGGAAUGGCAAUGUCCUCUACAGCAUCAGAAUCACUCUGACACUGGCCUGCCCCAUGGACUUGAAGAAUUUCCCCAUGGAUGUCCAGACCUGUAUCAUGCAACUGGAAAGCUUUGGAUACACCAUGAAUGACCUCAUCUUUGAGUGGCAGGAGCAAGGAGCUGUACAGGUGGCAGAUGGACUAACCCUGCCCCAGUUUAUCCUGAAGGAAGAGAAGGACUUGAGAUAUUGCACCAAGCAUUACAACACAGGUAAAUUCACCUGUAUUGAGGCCCGGUUCCAUUUGGAGCGGCAGAUGGGCUAUUACCUGAUCCAGAUGUAUAUUCCAAGCCUGCUCAUCGUCAUCCUCUCAUGGAUUUCCUUUUGGAUAAACAUGGAUGCAGCACCAGCCCGUGUGGGCCUGGGCAUCACCACUGUGCUCACCAUGACCACUCAGAGCUCUGGCUCCAGAGCAUCCCUGCCCAAGGUAUCCUACGUGAAAGCCAUUGACAUUUGGAUGGCAGUUUGCCUGCUCUUCGUGUUCUCAGCCCUGCUAGAGUAUGCCGCUGUCAACUUUGUUUCUCGGCAACACAAAGAGCUGCUCCGAUUCAGGAGGAAGCGGAGACAUCACAAGAGCCCCAUGUUGAAUCUGUUCCAGGAGGAUGAGGCAGGAGAGGGCCGUUUCAACUUUGCCUAUGGCAUGGGCCCAGCCUGCCUGCAGGGCAAGGAUGGCAUUUCGGUCAAAGGCGCCAACAACAACAACACCACCAACCCGCCUCCCGCACCAUCCAAGUCCCCGGAGGAGAUGCGAAAACUCUUCAUCCAGAGAGCCAAGAAGAUUGACAAAAUAUCCCGCAUUGGCUUCCCCAUGGCCUUCCUCAUCUUCAACAUGUUCUAUUGGAUCAUCUACAAGAUUGUCCGCAGAGAGGACGUCCACAACCAGUGAAGGGCUGGGAUGUGGGGGGAUGCUGGGGGAGGCUGGGACAGGGCAGUGGGGAAGCGCACAGGAAUCUGGGAGGCUAAGGAAGAGAGGGGAAGAGGGAGGGGCACAUACACAACUCUUGUCUCCCUCUCUCUCUCUGCAAUAUGUGCAAUAGCAAAAUGCACUAAUGCAUGAAUUCUAGAAUGUGGCACUAUCUAUUUAACCUGGGGUGGGUUGAUGGGGAUGGGGCGGGCGGGACUUUUCUAAUAUAGGAACCAACCGAGGGCCAGGGAGGCAGGGUGGGGCAUAGGUGGGGAUGGGGAGUUGGGGAAUAACAACUUUUAAAAUUUGAGUCCGCGGACUGUGCAGUUUUCCUAUUUGGAAGGAGAGUACAGUCUGCCCAGAGCAGAAGGAAAGCAAUGUAAUAUAUGAUAUAUAUUCAUGCUUAAUAUUAAUGCAAAACCACAAGAACAAAAGAUUUAUUUCUUAACCUAUCAGCCUAGUAACUGCUUAAAUUUUUAAAGUCACAGAAGUGAUGGACAAUUUUUCCCAAAGUGGAAACAGUCACAAAAUAAGCUUGCUCUGGCAUGUGUCCCACAUCAUAUCCCUCCAAAUGCCAUAUCUGUCUUCAAACUGGCCCAUGUGGACACAUGCCAAAAAGCCAUUCCACCUCUGCUUCAAGAGGGUUGUACACAUGGGCAUGGGUAGUGGAGAUGGGGAAAGGUGGACAGAAGAGAAGAGAGUGACUAAAGUUCAGAGGCCUGAGGAUUGGGAAUCAAGUGACCCCACCUCAAUCCCCAUGUCUCAAGUUGAGGGACCACACUCAUUCUCCGGUAAGCCCUCUCGCUUCUGUGCUUCAACACCUACCCCCACUAACCCUCCACCAGUACCCGGAAAUGGCCGCCAUGGUUUUCUCAUUAUAUUGCCAAUAUGCAAUCUUUUUUAUGGUUAAAAAAAAGUAAUAAUCUCAAGAAGUAAUAUGCAGAUAGACUGAGUAUAAACAGAUGUACUUUUUUCAAAUGUCUAUUUUUUUGGAGAGUCUCUUUGGAAUUGCAAAUGGGUGCAUGUUGGGGAAGGUGGGGGGCCAGUUGGAUGAAAAAGAUUUAUUACCUAGUGGAUCUACAGAGGAAAGUUUUAAGAGGUGAAAGGGAAGUACUGAGGCUGCUGUGGAUUAGGUGUAUGUGGGGGAAGAGAUGAUAAUAUGUAGAAAGUCUGUUCAUUAUAUUUUGGCAUUUCAUGUAUCAUAGAUAAUGUGAGAAGUUUGGGGGGAUGUCCCCAUUAUAUUUUUAUAAGUCUUUUUUUUUUUCUUUUAGGUGCUUUGUUUAGCUUUAACAUUUGGGAAAGUUAGACGAAUAUUUCUCUUUCCUCCUAACUCUGAAGUGCCAGAAUUUUCCUAGUAUAGUUAGGGCACUCCAGAGAAAAGAGAGCGGGAGUAGGAGAUGAGUUGGGGGUUGGGGGGACUGGAGGGUGCUGAUGAAGGACAAGGACAUUCAGAUGGGAGGUCUGCAAUGCAGAAACAGCAGGACUCUGUCCCCUCUGUCAUCCCUAUGCCUGAAAUGAUGGCACUACUGUCUACAGCAGUUUCCCUGCUUGGGCACAUGGCCCUAAUACUGGAAUUCCAUUUCUUACUUUGUACCUUAGUGUGCUGACUUCUGAUCAAAGUUGUAGGCAGCAUGGUGAGAGAUGGCUGACAAUCAGUGUGUCCUGACGCUUUGGGGUUUUACUUGUGUCUGUACAGCAACCCCAAGAUGGAGCAGAUGGAAGAGGAGCGGUGCCUAAAUGCUCCCUAAAGCACCUUCCCCCAGGGAAUUACCUCCCAUUCUCUGUGGCACAAUUGUUAAUGCCUAUAUAGGCAUAUAUAUGUAGGCUUAUAUUUAAAAAAAAGAUUAUUUUUAAUUUAAAAAAAAAGCAGGCCACGAUGAAGAACUUGAGUGAUUUAGAUAAAGAGAAUGCAUUAUGUGUCCCAAAAACGUACUGGCUUUGAGGCUUCGGUGUUUGCAUCCAAGCCCAAGAUCAAUUGAUUGUUGCCUUCCGUUCUCUUGGCCUGUGUAGACCAAAGAGGUUAACUAUAACCCAGCUGUGGAUAAUGUGAGAUAGAACCUGGAGUCCUUUUUUUCUUUUUUUCCCCUAAUAAAUCUUGAGUGGUAGCAGCUGAGUUGUGUGGGAAUCUUUCAUCUAAGACCAUCUUUUCCCCCACCACAAAUAUGUGUCCAAAAGAGGAAAAGUCAAAGAGGACUUGAGUGACUACUACCAGUUCAGGGCUAGUGGUCUCUGAACUGCUAUGAGCCUUUUUUCAUGAGCACUGUAUUCACUUUACUUAGGUAAAGAUUAUUUUUAAUUAAAAUAAAUAAAUAAACAGUGAUGCUCUUCUCCCCACUUUACUCCUUACUGGACUGAAUUCAGGAAAUCUACAGUAGAGGUGAAUGAGGCAACAAAGGCACCAGGUCUCUGUCAGAGAUUAAAGACAAUAUCAAUCCUUCUAAGAAAUUCUUCCUACACACUCACAGUCAGCAGACUCUAACAUCUGAGCACAGAACAAAGGCCAAAGAAAUGCAAGAAAAUAAAUUUUAAUUGUUCAAGAAAAAAAAAAAAACCCUACAGGUUCCAAACUGGCCUUCUCAAAGGCAAUAUCCAGAAUCCCACUGACACAGGAAUCCCCUGGGCAUUUACCCAACCUCUGCUGGGUCCCUGGCUUCUGCCACCAUACUGCCAUAUUUAACACAUGGGGCCAUUGGGAGCUGCCAAGACUGGGGGACAGUAUCCAACAAUCAAGGAAAUCAGCUCUCUGGGAAACAGGAGGGUGAUGUCCCUAAAAUCUUCUCUCAGAUUAUUUCAAACUUACUAUUCCUUGUAGAGAUUUGAUGUGAAAGGAGAGUUCUACAAGCAGUGAAAAGAACCUUAUUUUAGUCCUGCCACACUAAUAUGCUGAGUGACCUUAGGUAAAUGACUAAGCUUUAGUUUCUCUGAAUACACAAAGGAGAGAGAGUGGUAUAAACUCCACCCAGCCCUAACUGUUCUAUGAAUCUGUAUAUAAACAGGUCAAUGGGAUGUUGGCCCAACUAAAAAAUUUAAUGUCACUUUGAUUUUUUAACCCUCCUUGUGGAUUGUGAAUACAAGUACAGGGACCCUCACAAUUCUUGUUGGCUUUCUUCUCUGGAAAAUUUGCAGAUUGUUUUUCUUUUUGUACCAUUCUAUCAAAGGUGAACAAUGGUGAAAAAGGGACAUCAAUCAUGAUAAAAUCAAUGAUUUAGGAAAGGAAGCAUUUUGGAGGAGAAGAUGCCAUUAUCCAUGUAUAAUGUAGUAAGGCUUUAGCAAUACAUUAUGUGAAUUUCAUGACUAUAGAAAAUCAAAUAUUUUUUAGGUGGCCCAAUAUUUUUUAGGUGGUUCCAAGCAGCAGUGCAAUGCUUCUGAAUUUCUUCUUCAGUUUGAGCACAGGAGAUGGGAGUACAGAUGCCAAGUGGUAUGGUGAAUGAAAAACUGGUUUAGGUGCAAUGACUGACUCACUGGUUUCAAACCUUUUGCAUGGACAGACUGGUAUUUAUACAUAGUGGGAGGCUUAGAUAGUGGCAGAGAGGAGUUGAUGACUUCACUGGUCUCCAAAACUGAAACUAAUCCCAGGAGCCAGAUGGUAAUAUUUCCCUAUUAGUUUACAAUGUAUUUCACUUGUUUCAAAAGCAGCCAAAAUGAAUGGCUGAACUCCUUUUUCUUCUUGUCCUUUCAAACACCAAGGGUCAGUUCUUGGCUAAGUAUAUAAAACAGGAACAAAGACAGAUGUGAACAGAAACAAAAAUGUCUAUUUGUGUGUAUGUGUAAUUAAUAUCUGGAAUUAAUUCUAUUUUUUUGCUUGAGUCUAGAAAGACAAAGGGGGUCAAUCAUUUGACUCCUAUUAUUUCUUCUUCCAAGCUGGCAAUAAACAAGAAAUGGAUCACUUUCAGAAGUUCACCAAUAUUUUUCAUAGGCUUAUUUUUUUUUAAUACUUGGAAAGAAACUAAUGAGAGAUGGUUCCUUUCCUUCAGUAUAUGCAUCUUCAUGAGCAUCAUAAAAGAGAUGGUGUUUUGUAAGGCUCCAGGAUGUUAGAUUGCAUAGAGGAGGUUAGUGCUCUAGCCAAACUGGUACCACCCCUGAUAACAGUCCUUUGUGAAAAUUAGAUCCUUAAUUGAGACAUACUGAAACUGAAGGGGGUUAUCAUUAUGCCUAUAGCAACUGCUUUCUUAGAAGAAGAAUCUGGCAAGCAGAGUGCUUGGUGGUGGUACAGUCUGUAUCAGCUUUAGGACUGGGGUCAGGAUCUGAGAUUUGCAACUAUUUCCCAGUCUGGCCAGAAGCCCGGACCAGGGACAAUGAACAGCACUCUGGAAGCUAUCAUACUUACUCAGCCAGCAACUUCUGCACCUUCUACCUACCCUGCACCCCAGCUCUGAAGAGACAGGCAAGACUGUGUUUUCUCUGUGGGUUAUAUUUCCUUCGUGACUUACUAGCUAGGUGAUUUGUACUCUGAGAAGCUACUAAGAUCUGUUGAGAAAGGGUGAAAGGAACUUUCUCCCAUGAUGUAUGGAAUCUUUACUUCAUGAGCCAACCAAUUUUUUUCUAAUCAGACAGACAGGAAGUACAUUCUUAAAAUAGAAUUUGGCUUCUUUUCCUUCACUAAGCCCCUCCCCUUAGAAACCAACUCCAGAAAUAUUAAUCAAGAAGCUUCCAAUGUUCCUCCACUUCUAUGAAGCCAGGAACAAGAACUUAUGUUUAAAGGGAGGAAUAAAAAAAAAAAUAUCCCUUGUUUUAGUUGAGUUGUUUGCCCUUGAGAACCACUGUAUCAGUGUAAGAAAAAUUAUACAUAUUGGCAAGGCUUUGGUCUCCUGGUAUCCUGAAGUCCCAAUGGACAGAGGGAACAUCCUUGGAUAGGUUGAAAUCCCUGCAGAAAUAAAGAACUUUUUGAAAGCUCUAAAAUGACAUCUCCCUCUCCCCAAUCCAACGUUAACAGAAGGGAAGCAGUGACUUGGAUCUGACUAUCUCAGCUGAGGAUUUCAGAACUUCAGUGUGGACAAGGGCACCCUACCACCUUCUCCCAAUCCGGAGUGACCUCCACUCUCGAGGGCCCAGACUAGAUGAUACCUCUACUGAACUGUUAUUCUGAUGCUUCCAGAGGAUUUCUUAAGCCAUAGAGACAGCUUUGCACAAGAUAGCUUUGCUCUUACGUGGGUGCUAGUCUGUGCCAUUUAGAUGGAGCUGUGUGGUUAUUUAAAGCAACAAUUUUAGGUGCUUUUCCAUUCUUCAGAACAGCAAAAUGAGUUUCAAAGCAGAAAUUAUUGCCCAAUAAUUUUUAGGAUCAUUAACGAUUCCCCAGUUAGCAUCCCAAACAUCCCUUCUCCCUCUUUUGCUCUCCCCCUACUCCUCCCUCUGCUUCCUUCUCUGUUGGUAUUUCCUGUUUCAUCAUUUUGCACGUCUUGUUUUAUGAAACCAAGUUCUGCCAGAAGAUGCUGAUUUAUUUCUGAGGGAGAUGAGGGUUUGGUUUAAGGUUGAGGUUUCUAUUUCUUCUCUUGCCCCAUUCAUUUUGAAAUUUCAUUGCUCUGGAAAAUUUCCAUUGGCACACUAGGUCAAAAAGUCCUGGCAUAGAGAAUGGAUGGCAAGACAAAAAUAUGCCUUUCAGUGAGCCUAGCAAUAAAACUUACAUUCUACAUAAGACCAUUAACCAGCUACAAAGCAGUAACAGCUAACUAAUCAGGAGAUGAAAGACUUGCUGGCUUCGUGUAGCUUCCAAGCCUGUGGGCCUCCCUUUCCCACUUCCGGCCCCUUCUGCAAUUCUCUGUGUUACCUGUUGUGACUCUGCAGUUCUCCAAGCUCAAUUGCUUUCUUACACAACUGCAGAAACCCAGUAACCUGGUUUGUGAAAUAGUCGGAGGUCAGUGAGAGGCUCCUUGUUCUGGCAUUACCUCAGGCUCAACAUGGAACCAUAGGCAAGCUACUUAUUGGGCUGCUUACUCUCCUGGAAAGAUGGGAGUUGAAGGAGAUUUUCUAAAGCCAAACUUUGGACAUUUUGAUGGGUUAAAAGAAAGGAAAAAAAGGUGUGCACCGUGUUGUAAAGGAUUUUGUCAUUUCUCUAUUUUAGUGCUAGGUUUGGAACCCCCUCCUAGGCAUUCUGGUAGAUAGGUAGGGGGAGAUUUUUUAAAGAGGAGUCAGUUUGGGUCCUCAAGUUCACAGUCUUAAUCUUUUCCCCUGAGAGCCAGAUAUUUCACAACCCUGAGAGAUUUGCCUCUGAGUCCAGCUUCUCACCUGAGACUCUUGUCACAAAUCAGGACACCACUUCACUUUGGUAUUUUAGCCUAUAUGUCCUACGAAGGCUGGAACCCAUUUCCCAAGGUAGUUUUUUGAAUUCUUUCCGCCCAAGCUUCUGGAAAAAUCAAAAAACUACAUCAGAGCAGAACUCGUGAGAUGUCCCGAGGGAAACAACACUAGUGACCCCAAGUCAGCUCCCUGCCUGCUUCCCCCUCCACAACUUAAUCGUAACAAGAAACUUCCCACGAGAUUUAAGAAUAUUUCCCACUGUGUAUCCCUGUUAUUUUGGUUGCAGUAGCAGAAAAAGUGGGGCCACCUCAGACCAUGGGCGGGUGUCUAAAUUCAUACCAUUAACUAAACUACAGUAAUAUGAAAAUAAAUUACAGCAGGUGUGGCUGGUGCUGGGCCAGCUCUCUCCCAAACUCCCCCACAAAAUCUCACCCUGGGAAUGUUCCUGAAAUUGCUUUUGGACUCCUGUAGCUCCAAAAAAACACUCCUUAUAAUCAGAAAACACUGUUCCCAUCCUUUCCACAGAGACAUAUGUUUGCUUUAUAUCAAUGGAACUUCUUUCAGAUGUUUAUAUGGUUGACACUUUGACAAAUGGCCCUCACUCUUGUCUGGCCUUGGCAUUAAAAUAUUGCAGACUAAAACUUUUUCUCAAUCCCUGGUUUAAAAAUGAACUAAAAUGUUUUGACCUUUUAAAUUUUUCAUUAGUUGAUUAAAAGACAAACUUAUUUGAAACCAGUUUUUCCCACCCCUAUUCCCCAUCCUCACAUAGCUACUUCUUUGCCUCCAAAAGAUUCAAAUAACAGACAUUAAAGACCACUACGAUGGAUAGAAGCAUGAUAAGACACAGUGGAAUGUUAAACAGUAUGUCAUAUGGUGAAUAUGGAGGCAGUCACAGUAAAAUCACUUCCUGUUUUUCCCCCUUAAAGCUAGUUUUCCCAUCUGUAAACAAUAGUAUUGAAUUACUUGAUCUUGAAAGGCUUUUCUACUCCACUUCUCCAGGUAUCACUUUAUUGCACACACACAAAAAGGACUUCCCCCUGACUCUGAGGUGUGUGGUUUCCUUAAUGCAGUAGAAAAGGCACCAGCUUCCCACUCAAAGCCUGCCUGAGGUGCAACUACUGCAGGCCCAUGACCUCAUUGAGCAAGACUUUUGUGGUGCUUGGUUUCUUUGGGGAUAAUAGUUACAACACAGGUCUGACAUCUAAACAAAAUGACAGUGAAUGUUAGCCCCACUUCCUCAGUGUAAACUGCAAAGCAGUCUCAUUAAUCAUCUCAGUCUCUCUCUGAAAUUCUUAUGUCCUCUUCCUCCAUCAGAAGAUGUCAUCCAAGAACGGUCCUUCAGAAUGGAGGCCUAGCUGGGCACAGGGGCGCACGCGUGUAAUCCCAGUGGCUUGUGAGGCUGAGACAGGAGAAUCAUGAGUUUAAAGCCAGCCUCAGCAACUGUGAGACGCUAAGCAACUCAGUGAGACCCUGUCUCUAAUAAAAUACAAAAUAGGGCUGGGAAAGUGGCUCAGUGGUGGAGUGCCCCUGAGUUCAAUCCCCGGUACCAAAACAAGCAAACAGAUUGGAGGCCUCCUCCCCAAUCUAUCUGCCCUGCAGAGCAGUGGGUUUAGUGACAUUCCCUGACUUGCCCCAGAGAUUUCCUCACUGGUGAAUUAUGUCAUGCUUGCCUCAGGGCUCAGUACUAAGAGACCUAAAUUCUAGCUCUGAUUGCAUUUAUCAAGCACUGAUAUGCCUUUUCUCCAUAGCUAGCAUUCAAGUAUCAACUGAGUAGAAGGCACCAUAGUAGGCUCUACUGAUAGAAUGGCUGUCAUCACAUGCAGACUAGGAAGAUUGGGAAAUCUGAAUGCCACAAUAUUUUACUGAGCACCUGUUUUAUGUUAGUCUCUAUAUAAUUCCCACCAUGACCUUGACCUUACUUUCCAUUCAUUGAUGAAAAUUUAAGGCAAUUAUCCCAAGUCAAAACCUUGCCAAAAAAGUUUGGACAUGACUCUAGACCAUAGAAAGCUAAGUUUUGAAAGCCAAAUGGUCUUAACUUACCUCUUCCAUAUAUAUGUUUUUAACCUUCAACUAAUCUUUUCCCCCUCUGUUGCCCUAAGUCAUCCACCUGAAAAGCCUUGUCUUCCCAAACGGAGUAUAAAAUCAAGGAAACAAAGUGGAGUUGACUAUGUCAUAUGGAUUAAACAUUUAUUAAUUUAACUGAAUUUUAUAACUGCUGAUAAAAGAAGUAUGGACUCAUUUGACCAAGGACAGCUCAACAUACAAAAAUUUAAUCUAGUAACUUAAUGAAUACCAUCUUGAUUAUAUCUUGAUCAGGAACCAAACAAACCAAUCUUUUGUCUUUUUUUUUUCUCCAAACAUGAUCGUAAACAUAAAUUGAUCAGCCAACCUUACAAGGUUUAAGGACCUACUAAUCUGGUAUUUGAUGCACAGAUUUGGAGUUAAUAUGUAGGCAUCCUCUAGUUUUUCAAUUGUAGAAUAAAGAAUAAAAGGAGUAAGUACCAGGACAGGAGGGAAUGGGUAGCACUUGGAGGAUAUUGAGAGCAUCCAUUAUUUGUAGUCCUGUAUGAGAGAAGCAUGGGCCUAGGAGUCAAGGGUAAGAUUUACCUUCUCUGAAAGACUUUCCUAAGUCUAGAAUCCCUUUGAACAUUCGCUCAAGAUAAAGAACCUACUAUAAACAACGACAGGCACAGGAAUUAAAGUGAGCAUCAUCCCUAACUACAGAACUUGAAUGAAGAUGUAAUGCGGGUAUAAAUAACAAGUUUGACAAGAGAUGUGUUAACAAAAGGGGGGGAGAGUUCAGGGGAAAGAAGUUAUGUCUCAAUUCAAGGUUUCUUGGACGAUGGCAUAUUUGAUCUCAAAUUCUCAAUUUUCCAUAACACCAGCUUACUGUAUGAAUUAACCAUGGUCUUACUGACAUUUUAAAUGGUAUAACUUCUAGUGGGCAGUUACCUAGUCAUUUACUCCAACCAGGUUUUCAGGUAAAAAGGGACCUUCUUUUCGUGUGGGAUACUAUUGAAACAUAAGUAUUCAAAGUGACAGCCUGGCCAGUAUUCCAGAUAAAGGAGGGACUUCUAAUGGCUCUUUACUCCCAUCCAAGCUCUAGCAACCGGCUGGGAAAAUGGAGUUAGAAGGAAAAUGUGUGAAUAGAGCCCUCCCCCUAACUAUACAUACACAAAAUUAAGUAAAUGGCUUCUGCUUGUCUCCAGGUCUUUCUGUUCCUAAGUGUCACCUAGGUAACUUGAUGUGCACAAACUAGCCAGUCCAGUUCAUGGGACAAGGCUUCUACCACUGUAUCCUAGGACCCACUUGCCCUCACCUGUGUUUCUUAAACUGCAUCUAUUAAGUUUGAUCUUUGGCAAGACAGGACCAUUAGUUACAAUACAGUGAUAUCUGGAAUGUCUUAGCACUUUCUAAUCUAAAAGCCAGAUUAGAACCCCUCUGUACAGCUCUAAAUGUUGGUGAGGCAAGUGGCACUCUGGAUCCCUCCUAGGGGCCCCAAGACUGGCUGGCUUAGUGAGUCUCCAGGCAACUUUUAUACAUUUACUUUUGGAUUAUUUUUCACAAUGUCUCAGCCUGGGGAAAGCAAAUAGGCCUUUUGAGUUGAAAUGUGCACAGGGACAUCUCCAUAGUGUCAUAUCUGCACUAGAACAUAUUCAAUCAUAUGAAAUAUUGUCCAGUUUAAUCCGUUUUUUAACCUCCCCACAUCUGCCUCUUCAAAGCUUCCACCUUUUUCAUUAAAUUUGUCAUAAAAACAUGACAUCAGAAUAAAACACAGCCUACUACUUUCCCAUAAUAUAAAAGUACCAGUAAUUAUGAACAAGGAAUGCAUGAAGUAUGUAACAGAAAGCAGAGUGCCAUGAAGCAGGUAGAAAAUAAAUCAGCAUGUUGCAAGGCCACCUGAGCAGUUAACUUAAAAGAACAGAAGAGAGUUGGGUGCAGGGCACAGGUCUAUAAUAUUACCCAGUACCUUGGGAAGCUGAGGCAGGAUCUCAAGUUUGAGGAUAGCCUCAGCAAUUUAGGGAAACAGCAUCUGAAAUUUUAAAAAUAAAAGGAUAGGGGUGUAGCAAGUAGUAAAGCACCCCUGGGUUCAAUCCUAGUACACCCCCACACACACACACAAAAAAAAAAACAUAAGAGAGCUGAAACACUCACCUAUAAUACUAGUCACUGGGGAGGCUAAGGCAGGAAGAUCACAAAGUUUGAGGUCAACCUGGACUACUUGGGGAGACCCUGUAUCAAAAUUUUUAAAAAGGGCUGGUGAUAUAGCUCAGUGGUAAAACAUCCCUGGAUUCAAUCCCCAGUAAGGAAGACAGAGGGGUUUUGACAGAUAGGGACAGUGGAUUUCCAGGCAGAGAAAAUAUAGCAUGAGCAAAAAUAUUGUGGUAAAAAAUAAGGGGCACAGGCAAGGAAACGAUUAAACACUUGGCUCCAGUGUAAUGAAUGGGAGACAGGUUGGGAAAGAUACAUUUGGAGUACAUUGAAACAUGCGUCAAUAGGAAUCCUAUUAGGACUCACUGUAGCAGUUCUCAGUGGCAGAGUAUUUCUUCAUGAGCAGAGCAGCUCAUUCUAUCCCUUACUAGUUCAGAUUUUUCUGUUCUUCUCUUGGAGGAACCUACCUUUUCUUUUCUCUCAUAAGUAUAUAUGGUACCCAGUAGCAAUUUACACUUUCAAGGGCAUCUGCUAAACGCAACAAAACUUGACAUUGUAUAUGUGCGUGGGGAGGGGGAGUUAGUUGUAAAGUCAUGGUUCUAUAUUCAGCUCCCAUUUCUACAUUAAUUGUGAAAGUUAUUCCCAGAGUUACUUACCACUUAGUACAAUGAAGGAAUUUCUAAAGGGGAGCUUGUGGUUCCAAUGUUAUCUUUUGUUGAUUUGUUAUGUGUAACAGAGUAGACUUUGAGAAAAAGUGUAACCUUGAAUGUCUCUUAACCUUCAGCUUGCAUCUGAAAUUCCUCCCCUCAACCCAAAAGCAUCUCUAUUCAAAGCUCGAAAUUAGUCCAUAAAUUAAAAAAGAAAAAAAAAAGACAUGAUUAGUAGAAAUAGAGAUUAAGUGUAGUUGAGUUUUACCAAGUCAUUGCUAGUGCAAACAGGUAGAAGGAAUAGCCUUUUACAGUAAGCAAAUCUAGAAAGAAUAUUUUGGGGAAAGCUUAGUAUUAUCUACCCUAGUAAAUAAAAGAUUGACCCCCAAUCUUUUUGAAAACUGGUGCUUACAUAUCAAAAAAUCAGUUUGGGAAACUCAACCUUUUCCAUGUUAGAUAUGUUUCUACCUCAUUUGAAAGUGUAUACCAUGCUCAACAUGCCAAUUUAGCCUGAAUAUUAUGAAAGCAGAAAAAAAAGGACAUUCUCAUAGGGCAUUUCAGAGUAUUUAAAAUUCAUACUUCAUAUUUUAAUGGUUCAAUCUUCCAAUACCUAAGUCAUUAUAAUAUUUUCAGCACUAACAAGUUAAAAUGAAAUGAGUGAAUUCCAAAGGGACCCAUCCUGCUACUUCUUAUAUUGGACAUAGAUGAAAUGCCUACUCCUUGGGAUUCUUGUGCAUGCUAGCAAGCUCUCUAAGUCUUAUUACAUCUGAGUUCUACUUUCAAAAAACAAAUAUAGUAGGGGCCUAUCUCAGAGACCUUCAAGUAAAUUUGAAAAAUUGGGGGAAAAAAAUACAACUAAAAAAACUCAGCAGCUUUGGUGUGAAAUAGGCAAAAUGAACCAGAGUGAAAAAAAAAAACUCUUAAUAAAUUUAAGCUCUCUUAUUAUCCCAAGGAUAUUCUAGUCUCAUUGUCUCAACAUUACAACAGAUCUGUUGGCUAAACCACCGUAUUCAGAACAGAUGCAAACUGCUGCAGUGUAUAUAACUAGUAUCAUUUGAAAGAGUGGUACGUGACAGGAAUGCAAUGACUACCUUUGCGUGAGUUGAAAGUACAGUACUUCCAAAUCAAAAAUUAAAUCAGAUUGAUUCAAAACAUUCCAAAUAGAGUUAUAACAUUGUAAAAUAAAUGCUCUAAUUCAGCCAUUGGGAAAAGGGGCUUUUAUUUACAUAAUUUAUCCUAGAUUUAGAAACGUUUCAAUUUUCAUUUCGACUCAGGAUGCAUUCCAAAUUAAGAUGGGCUGGUUUCUGCCAACAGAACCAAAGUGUGCAAUCUGAGUCCCACCCAAAUCUUGCCAAAGCAAGUGACUUCUGCAUAGCUGGAAGUCCCCAUUUUACCUGUUCAGGUAUUUGCACAAAACUACCCCUUGUCUUAAUAGUUCCCUGGUUUGAUGUUUAGGCAGAAAAGCAAAUUCCAGGUGAUUUUUCUGAGCUAACUUCACAUUAUUUUCUCCAAAAAGAUAGCUGCCAAUUUUAACAUGUCAUGAAAUACAAAACAUAAAAUAUCAGAAAUUAAAUUUCAACAUGGGAUAUUUCUUGAAACCUAACUCUAUAGUUUAGUUGCCCAUUAUUCAAGUGAAGUUAUUUUAACCCCAAAGAACAGAAGGGCAUUGUAUAAUUCUUUAGGACAGUGUCUACUUGGCUGUGAAGUCUUGUUACAGGUAUGACGCCCACAAGUUACUAUACUGUGAUUCCAUGUACUUCUGGGAGGAGAUACAAGAAAUAUGCUUGGCUGGGCAUUGAGUUCAGCUUAAAGUACCUGCUCACGCAUAACAUAAGAGAUUCAAGGCGAUUCAUACUUCCAACAUGAGACCAGAAAAAUCACAAGCCCAUAUAGCAGCAACUCUAUAAACAGGUAGCCGAAGUAGAUUUAAAAGUAGCAGCCUGGCGGCAUCUUAACUGGUCUGGAAAAUUGGGUCAGAAUUACUCAAGAAGUUCCUCAACCUUUCCCAGAAGAAAAUGUAAUAGUGUCUUUUAUAUGGAAAUUUCUUUGUAUAUAUGUAUAAACUUGGUAUGGCCUUAAUGCUGCAGUUAAGGAUUUGUUUGGCUACCACCUUAAGCAGCGUGUUAAGCAAUCGCUUCCUUAAUGUAACAUUUUUACUUCUUAUUGGACAUUCAACCUUGAACAACCAAUUCCCUUUGGCCCCUUACUCUUCCCUUUUUUGCAUGGAGACAUAAAAGUUAUGGCAGUUAUUUUUUGGCUUGUAAAAAAAUCUAUUUCUGCAGUUUGAAGAUGGAAUGUAAAAUUUCUGUGAUACAUGUAUAUAAAAGUAUAUUUAUUGAACCAUCCAUACACAUAUCCAUGCCGAUUCCAAUGGAAAAAAAUUAAAGUUUUCUGAAAUUUUC